AUGGUCAAGACCAGUGUUUUGAACGAUGCGCUCAACGCCAUCAACAACGCCGAGAAGGCCGGCAAGCGCCAGGUCCUCAUCAGACCCAGCUCCAAGGUCAUCGUCAAGUUCUUGUCCGUCAUGCAGAAGCACGGCUACAUUGGUGAAUUCGAGGAAGUUGAUGACCACCGUUCCGGCAAGAUCGUCAUCCAGCUCAACGGCCGCCUCAACAAGACUGGUGUUAUCUCUCCCCGCUACAACGUUCAGCUCCGUGAGCUCGAGAAGUGGGUUGUCCGUCUGCUCCCAUCCCGUCAGUUCGGAUACAUCGUCCUCACCACCUCUGCUGGUAUCAUGGACCACGAGGAGGCUCGUCGCAAGCACGUCGCCGGAAAGAUCAUUGGCUUCUUCUACUAG